AUGUCCUGGAAUUUUGAACUGGUCGCAGGGCCCUAUGGUGGCACUGCCGAAGGCCCGGUUUGGGACGGCGAAGCGGUGUUGUUUACCCACAUCCCCGCUUCGAAAAUUCUGCGCUAUGAUCCCAAAUCCGGCGCGGUUUCCGAGUAUUUUGACGAGUCAUUCAACACCAACGGCCUGUGUUUCGAUGCCCAGGGCAACCUGUACGGCUGCCAGCAGGGUCGCCGCCGCAUCGCCCGCUUCGACGCCGCGAGCAACACAGCCACGUCGAUGCCGCACCUGCUGGGCGGCCAGCGCCACAAUAACCCCAACGACCUGGUGGUAGACAAGUCGGGGCGUAUCUGGUUCACCGAUCCUUACUCUGGUAUAGGCGACAGCGGCCCACAGGAACUUGACCAUAUGUCGGUGCUUCGCAUCGACCCCAAGGGCAAUGACCAGUGGGAUCUGGUGCGGGCCACCACCGACAUUUCGCGUCCCAACGGCAUUCUGAUCAGCCGCGACCAACGCACGCUGUAUAUCGCGCAGAGCGAUUACGGGGCCGACCGUCGCCGCGAAUUGCGGGCGUACCCCAUCGCUGACGAUGGGUCGCUCGGCGAUUACACGGUGCUGCACACCUUCGGUAUUGACGGCGGCGCGGCCAACGGUGACCUGCGCGGCGUCGGCAGCCAGGGGGUGCAGCGCGGCGUGGACGGCAUGACGCUGGACGUCGACGGCAACAUCAUCGUAUGCGCGGGUUGGGAAGCUGCCGGGCCGGGCCCAAUCAUCUACGUGUUUUCGCCCGCCGGCCGGGUACUGGAAACCCACGCCCUGCGGGUAGACCGACCCACCAACUGCUGCUUCGGCGAUGCCGAUAUGCGCAGCUUGUACGUAACCACCGGCGGCGGUCAUCUUUUCCGGGCUCGAACCGACCGCACCGGCUGGAUUAUGUGGCCCUAG